AUGGCACAUUCUCCAGAAGCUUGUACAGGUCUUGUUGAAGGGGCCAAUCUCGUCAUCGCGGUUCUUAAUGAUUUGCAUCGGGGGCAAGACGGUGGUGGUGGACAACCGCUGCUAUCUGCUGCCCAUCGGCGGGUACAUGCUCGGAUAGUAUGUGCCUUGGAGGCAAUGGUGGUGACCGACGAGCCUCUACUGUCGAGUGAAGGGCUUGACAGCUUUUUGAAGCAGUCUGAACAUUACUCUGGUAGCGGGGUGGUGUUGGCUUUGGGUGUGAAAGGGGGUGUUCCGAGUAAAGCUGCUGAUGUCCCUCUUGAGCAGCAUCUGCAGAGCACUUUCCCAGAGAUGGCGGAGCAGGUUGUUCGUCCGAAUGCCCUGCUGCUGCUAUCCAGGCGGAGGCCACGCCACGUGAAGAGAGGGUAUACUUGGCUGGCACGUUCAUACCCCGAGCUUGUGCAACGCAAUGUGAGAGCAGGCCUGCACUGUCUCAAGAGGCGUGGCCAAGUGGCCAGGCAUCGGGGGGCGUUGUGUUUGGCAGGAGCUUUCGCUGUGAAGAAAGACGAGCAUGAAGACAGAGUGAUCACAGAUCCCAGUGUCAAUCAGCUUCUGGAUCCCGACAAACUACCCCGGCCCCAGUUUGCAUUUAUCCCGAAGAUGCGCUCAUUGACCGUGCCCGAGGGUGGAGUGGUAGUGGUAUCAAAGCGGGAUGCCCGCCACUACUUCCACCGCCUAAAAAUUGGCAGGCGCUGGCGACGGUGGUUGUGCGGGCCUCCCAUACAGAUUGGACGCGGCGCAGGCCCUGAGCAUCAACGUUUUCCAGCUUCAUGUUCAGUUCCCAUGGGUUUUGGGCCAUCAGCCGGUUGGGCGCAAGGGUUGACGGACACAGUUACUCAGAGAGCUGGGCUUCCCUCCGAGCAUAGACUGCACCCUGAUAUGGUUGUUCCGGAGUGUUUGCCUUUGUGGGGGUCGAUUGUGGAUGAUGUUUGGGCCAUUGAGCACGCAGCAACACAGCUGGACGCAGGCGUCGGGGCUGCGUGGAUGGAUUCCACUGAGUCCUCUUGGGUGCAGCAUGGUGUGGAACCCAAUGCUAAGAAGUCGGUGGAUUCAGCCCUGGGCGAAGAAGUUCAGGGCUACUACGUUGAUCCACAUGGGCAUUGGGUGGGAGUCAGCUUGGAGAAGCGCAGACAUCUUUUUCAAGCCACGGUACAUGUACUUCGUGCUCGUAAAGUCCCUGUUGGAGUCCGUGUUGCAGUACGCCUAUGGCUGGUUGGCAUCUGUGAGGGGACGAAGGCGAGACCUGAGACGGCCGACGCGGCAACCUGGGCGGCCGAGGACCGUCUCCGCAGGCCGGUUGAUGAGGGAUGCCGCUUUGUGCAUCCGUUGGAUUCGGCGGCUUGCGCAGGUUGUCUUAGCAAGGGUCGUUCCAGUUCGUUUCAGCUGAACAGCCGGUGUCGCAGAAUGUGUGCCAUAAAUGUCGCUGGGGGUCACGAUGUAUUCUAUCCUUGGAUGCCUUCCAAAGAGAACCCAGCAGAUGAGCCAUCGCGACGGUGGGAGCCAGCAACUCACACCUCCAGUGGCCAGGUGUGGCUCUCGCCGGAUCCCACGGCUCUGAGUGAGGUGGAUGUCUCACAGGUCAACUUCUGGCCACGCGAUGCUUGUUUCUUCCUGCACUUAUGUUCUGGGCCUAGGAGUCAAGGUGACCUUUGUGAAUGUGUUGAAAAACUGGGGGCUCUCCAUGAGAUCAACAUAAUCGCCAUACGUAUUGAUCCGCGGGCGGUGCUUAACCAGGAGGUGAUCUGGGGUCAAAAGACCGUGUAUGGAGAUUUGCUGGAAGCACAGCUUGGCCUUUUUCUUCUCGUCCUCAUUCAAAGCGGAAAAGUCAUUGGUGGUUUCGCUUCACCUCCUUGUCAGCGUAGGCUUUUGCAACCGAUUGGUGGUGCAAUACCGUUGCAGUCCCGAGAUGACUUCGGGGAACCAUCGGCCUUCUGGGCGAAAUCGCUUAUCAGGGAGGUUGGAGUGGACUGGCGCAUCAGGCAGAUCCAGGCCGUACUCGAGGAGCAAGAUUCUUUUCUUGGCGGGUUUUGGAUGGUUAUGAAGCGGGCAAGGGGCGAA